AUGACGACAUACGUGGAAGUAAAUAUACACUCCGACCCUGAAGAGGAAGAAGAGACCCAGCUCGAGCUACAAUGCAAUAGUCAGCAGAAUCUUCUACCGAGCAUCACCAACCUGUCCAAUCCUACCUGCCUUUUUACAUCCGGCGCAAGAUCGGCCACGGAAUCGUAUGGCAAAGCUGAGAAGCGGAAGCUUAUGUGGGCAACAUUAUUCACUGUGGCCUUUAUGAUAGCGGAGUUCGUCGGGGGAUAUCUUUCCGGAAGCCUAGCUAUCAUGACCGAUGCGGCGCAUCUGCUUUCCGAUUGCAUUUCGUUCAUCAUUGCCAUCAUUUCGAUCUGGAUCUCGAACCGUCCACCAGAUGGACGGAUGUCCUUCGGCUACCGAAGGGUAGAGGUGCUCGGCGCGUUGCUGUCCAUCUUCGGCAUUUGGGCGCUGACGGCGGUCCUUGUCGUCAUGUCCGCUAAUCGGCUCAUCGAAGGCCACUACGAGAUUGAUGCAGACACCAUGAUCAUUGUGGCGGUUCUGGGCGUUGUCAUGAAUGUAGCGACCGCCUUCAUUCUGCACGGUUCCUGUAGCGUUGUACACCAUGGCCACAGUCAUGGAGGGCUCGGACACAGUCACGGUGGAGGCCAUUCCCACCACAGUCACUUACCCACCCACCACAGUCACUUACCCGCACGGCCGCGAUCUAAAGCUCAACAGCUGACGGUGGCAGGCCUCCCCUUAUCGCGAUCCUGUUCACCGAUACCAAAACGCAUACCACGGACAUACUCAUGUGACGAGAAGAAGUUCGAUAAAAUGGAGCAACUCAUCAUUCAGAACUAUCCUCCGAGUCCCCAAACGACCAGUCCACGAUCCUCGAGGCAUAAUUCGUUCGCAUUCACGUCCGACAGCAGUCAACCGAAUCUCGACACGAUACUAAGCAGUGCACGGUUAAAGCUGAACAAGGAACACCUUCGUCACCGGAUGAGUUUCGACGCUAACAUCAACUCACCGGAUCUCAUUUGUUCGAGUAAAGUUACCUAUUCACGCAUCAGCCUCGAUCCGGAGUCUUCCCGCGGUCACAGUGACGAAGAAGGUGCUCACAGCGACACGGAACGAUCAUCUUCCGCUGGCGAGCACCACCAGUGUUCCGACUCUUCGGCAGAGGACGACAGUAGCAACCUAAAUGUCCAGGCAGCAAUUAUUCACGUGAUUGGUGACUUCAUACAAAGCAUCGGUGUGCUGAUAGCUGCAGUGGUCAUAAAAUUAGCGCCCAACCUGAAGGUAUUCGAUCCGAUAUGUACCUUCGUGUUCUCGGUGAUCGUUCUCGUGACGACGGUACGCAUCUUCCGAGACUCAAUGCGCAUCCUUGUCGAUGCCGUUCCUAGCGAUGUCACGCUGGAAAAACUGUCGGAAGAGCUGGCGUUUAUUGAGGGCGUUAAAACGGUACACGAUCUGAAGGUGUGGAGUGUAUCGACCGGUUGGAACGUCAUGACCGUACAUCUAAUGAUUGAUCCCCUCGCCAAUCCGUCCGACAUUCUGGCAGCAGCUAAUCACAUAGCGAGGAAAGACUUCCACAUCAAGCACAGUACGGUGCAGAUAGAGAAGAUGCACUUUUAA